UUAGCCUUAUAGCUCUCCAUCGUUCACGGACAUCUAGUACGGACUAGAAUUUCGCCUUGAAUCAUUUGUGUUAAGGUUGAGUUCAAUCGUAAUUCAACAUGUCUUCCAGUGUUUUUGUUUGUGAUUAGUUUUUAUGUAAAAUAAGUUUUUAUUAUUAAUUUUGUUAAAAUGAGUAGUUGGAAGUCGGUGAGCAACGAAAACAGUUACGGAAUAGCCAUUUAUAAUUUCAUUUGUCCCGAAGAUUAUAAGUUAAAAUUGACGGUAGGAGACGCAGUUUGCGUACUGGAAGAAGAAACGAAUUGGUAUUAUGGAUAUGUUAUCAGUAACAGAGAUGUUAAGGGUAUUUUUCCCAAAAGCUACAUUCACAUGAAACACUGUGAGAGAUUUGACGCUUUUGGACCCGUCUUGAAAGAACCGGCAAUAACAAGAGAAAUAACUUUAGUUUUGAGAGAAUGGGGAAUCCAUUGGAAGCAAUUAUAUGUGACGCACGAUAAAAAUUUUGAGCAAAUGAAAACUCAGAUUUAUGAUUUGCUAUCUCAUAGGAGUAAAAUAAUAAGUGGUACACUACCAGUAGAUGAAUUGAAGAGGGUAAUCAGACAAGCUGUCGAUGAAAUAGAUUUAGGCAAUAAACUUUUAGGUUUAGAUUUAUUGGUCAGGGACAAAUGUGGCAAUUUUAUCAAUCCAAAGGAAACUAGUACGCUUCAACUUUAUUAUUUACAUAAAAAUGCAACGGAAAGGAUGAGCAAUAGGUCAAAAAAAGAAAUAAAAGAGAGUCAACCGAAAACGGCGAUUCAACAAUAUUCGAAUAUAUUUUUAGUCGCCGUUAGAAAUUUCACUUUCAAAAUGUCCGAAGACGCCGAAUUAUUGAUGACUUUAUACGACGGUAAAGAAUUGAGAUCGUUUACCGAAAAUUACGUCGUUCGUUGGACGAAAGAAGGUUUAAUGAGCGAUUUAGACCAAAUGCACAACUUGAGAGUCAUGUUUACGGAUUUGGGUAAGAGGGAUUUAGAAAGGGAGAAGAUUUAUCUAGUUUGUCUGGUUAUAAGAAUCGGAGCGAUGCAUACCAAGGAAUUGGAUCACAGACGAAGUUCCGUCAGUACGAAUUACAAGAAAAGUUACGGGGAAAAUAUGAGGAGGCCGUGCGGCGUCGCGGCCUUCGAUAUAACCAAUUAUAUGAACGGUAAAUUGGAAACGGACCUUGAACAGGAAUUCGCUGUACCGUUCAUCAAUUGCGAAAAGGACAAUUUAGAACAGACGCUCAGAAAGACUAUAGCCAAAGAAAAAUUCGAGAGUAAAAAUCAUUCUUUGUUCGUCAGUAUGAAAUUAUUACGGGGAGAUUUGAAACAGGUACGUGAAGAAAACCCCCAUUUGGUGUUAGGAAACGUAUCGAUAGCAAGAAAAAUGGGAUUUCCCGAAGUUAUACUUCCCGGUGAUGUAAGAAACGAUCUCUAUCUAACGAUAUUAAGUGGAGAAUUCAGUAAAGGCAACAAAAAAAGUGAUAAAAACGUAGAGGUCGUCGUAAGAGUUUGCAAUCAGAAAGGACAACCUAUACCGGGCGUUAUAAGCAUCGGCGGCGGCAUUGGUCUCAUAGACGAAUACAGAUCUGUAACAUAUUAUCACGAAGACAAACCCCAAUGGCACGAAACGUUCAAAGUAGCUAUACCGAUAGAAGAAUUCAAAACUAGUCAUUUGAAAUUCCAAUUCAAACACCGUUCCACGAACGAAGUGAAAGACAAAAGCGAAAAGCCGUUCGGUAUGUGUUAUGUCAAAUUGAUGGAGGACGACGGUACGACGCUGAAAGACGCCAAACACAAUCUGAUUGUCUAUAAAAUAGAUCAUAAAAAAUUCGACGAGAAAAGUUUGGAAUAUUUUUCUUUGCCUUCGAAAAUCGAAGAUAUCAAAGACUGUGGGAAGGAGAGACCGCAAGUGCCCGGUUUGAUCAUGUCCACCAAAGACUCUUUCAGUAUUUCUAAUAAUAUUUGUUCGACAAAAUUGACACAAAACGUAAAACUGUUGGGUCUACUGAAUUGGGCCACCCACAAAGAAACUCUAUUGGAAUCUCUACGAGCUUUAGGAAAAGUAGACGGCGAAGAAGUUGUCAAAUUCUUACAAGACAUCCUCGAUGCCUUAUUCAAUAUCCUGAUGGAUAAUCCUGAGACUGAUACUUACGAUACUCUAGUUUUCGAAUGCCUUUUAGAAAUCAUCAGUUUGGUCAGUAACGAUUGGAAAUAUCAACAUUUCGAACCUGUUCUAGAUUUGUACAUCAAAGAAAGUUUUAGCGCUACUUUGGCUUACAAAAAACUAAUAUCAGUAUUAAAGACUAUAGUGAGCAGAGCCAGUGACGCUACGACUAGUUCCAAAGACCUAAUAUUCAGAACGAUGAAGUGCCUACAAUAUUUCAUGAAAUUCAUCGCCAGAAGUAGAAUCCUUUAUAAAGAAAUUUACCCGGAAUACGAUCCGGAGGACGAUUUCGACGAAAGUAUGCGAGACCUUCUACAAAACAUCGUAUACAUGAUGUCCUCAAGUAUAGAAAGUUUAAUAAGAGAACAAGGAGCUUGCCUCAAGUAUCUACCGAGCAGCAUACCGGACAUGUUAUUGGUAUUCGAUUCCAAAGAAUUAAGUACGAUCUUAUUCGAUAUGUUGAAUAAUAUGCCGUUGGGACGUCUGACUAAACAAAAAAUGAUGACGAUCAACGAAAUUAUUCACAGUAAAUUAUUUUUAUAUCCUCAAUGUCGCAAAAUAUUGUUGCCCAUUAUAACCGAUCAAGUGAAAACUUUAUUUACCACCAAAGAAGAGGGUGUAACGAGACAAGACGGACGAAGGCAAAACAGAUCGGUAGCCAAGGUGGCUCAACUGCUUGGUACAACGGAACAUUGUGUCAAUCAGCAUGUCGGAUAUCCAGAAGAGGUCGAAUGGUGUAUAAAGAACAUGAGUGAUAUAAUGGAAUUGUUAUUUAGAAAGGACGUCGGUUCGACCUUUUCUGAUAUAUCAGAAAUUAUCCAAUCCGCACUUAGGACAGUCAUACAGAGUCAUAUAAAAAUGGAAAAAGAUAAUCCGCAUGCGAGUAAUUUGGUAGCCGUGAUGUUGGAUAUAUUCAGACAAAUGACCAACGAACAUUACAACAAUUAUAUAAAUAGUUUUUCGACGAAUUUCGACGUUUUGGAUUUCCUCAUGGAAAUAUUGGUAGUUUUCAAGGAAUUAGUUAGCAAUUCAGUUUUCCCGAAAGAUUGGUGCGACAUGUUGAUGUUACAAAAUAGUAUCGUACUAAAAUCUUUGAGAUUCUUUUCUCAUACUAUACGAGAUUGUUUUUUUCAAAAAUUCGAACACGACGCCUGGAAUAAUUUUUUCCAUUGCGCCAUAGCUUUCAUGACGCAAAGGGCGUUGCAAUUGGAAACGUUUUCGUUCAAUAAAAAAAUGAGGAUAUUGGAUCUUUUUAAGGACAUGAGAACCGAAAUGGGAUUCGAAAUCAAAUCGAUGUGGUUCAAUUUGGGUCAAAAUAAAGUUCAGUUCGUACCGUCUCUGGUCGGUUUGAUAUUGGAAAUGACGCUGAUACCGGAACCGGAUCUUCGAAAGGCGACCAUACAGAUAUUCUUCGAUAUGAUGCAAUGCGAAUUUUAUUCGUCGAAAUACGAAACGGAAAGUUACGGCGACACCAAACGAGAUUCGUCGCACAUAAAAGGAAAUUUUUCCGAUUUCGAAAACGAGAUGAUCGUAAAAUUGGACGCCCUAUUCGAAGGCGGUAAAGGCGAUCACGAAUACAAAAAUAUGUUUCACGAUAUUAUGAUCGAUUUGUGUUCGAAACAUACGUCGAUGAACGAGGAGGGCGUUAAAUUCGUCAAAAUCGUAUCGAGAUUGAUGGAAAGUCUAUUGGAAUACAGGACGAUCAUCACCGACGAUAAUAAGGAGAAUACCAUGAGCUGUACCGUCAAUUUAUUGGAUUUUUAUUCGGAAAUAAACAAAAAGGAAAUGUACAUAAGAUAUUUGAACAAAUUGUUCGAUCUCCAUUUGGAGUGCGACAAUUUCACCGAAGCCGCUUACACGUUGGAAUUGCACGCGAAAUUGCUGAAUUGGUCCGACGAGCCUUUGAGCUCUCUAUUGCGAGGCGAUAAAAUUAAAGCGAAAAAACAUCGACAGCUCAAAGAGGAGCUCUAUUACGGGAUAAUAGAAAAUUACAGCAAAGGAAAGAUGUGGGAAUGCGCGAUAAAGAAAUGUCAAGAAUUGGCGGAACAAUACGAAGAGGAAACGUUCGAUUACGACCGUCUGAGCGAUCUACACCGAAGGAUGGCCGUUUUUUACGACGACAUAAUGAAAAAGGCGCGCGCCGAACCGGAAUAUUUCCGAGUCGGUUAUUACGGCAAAGGUUUUCCGCAAUUUCUCAGAAACAAAGUUUUCGUAUACAGGGGAAAAGAAUACGAAAGAUUGGCCGAUUUUAACGCUAGGAUAUUGAACGAAUUCCCCAAAGCGGAACUAUUGAACAAAUUGACGCAACCGGGCGAAGAAAUCGUCGGAUCCGACAAGCAAUAUAUUCAAAUAAACAAAGUAGAUCCGGUGAUGGACGAAAAGAAACAAAGAUUUUCCGGAAAACCCGUUUCAGAUCAAAUAGUCAAAUUUUACAGGGUGAACAAUAUACAAAAGUUCACUUUUUCUAGACCCUUUAUUAGAAAAGACCCUCUCAUCGAAAGUACAAACGAAUUCGCACACCUAUGGUUAGAAAGAACGGAAUUGACGACUACGUAUCCAUUGCCCGGUAUAUUGAGAUGGUUUCCCGUCGAACACACUCAAGUACACGAAAUAUCGCCGUUAAGAAACGCCAUAGAAACUAUGGAAAAAACCAACAAGACGUUGACGAAUUACGUUAUAGUAUCGAACAAAGAUAAAUCCAUGCAGAUCAACACGUUAAGUUUAACGUUAAACGGUAUAUUGGAUGCCGCCGUUAUGGGAGGCAUAAAAAAUUACGAGGAAGUAUUUUUUACUGGCGAUUACGAAACGCACCACGCCGAAGAUAAGAUCCUGAUCGAAAAGCUGAAGGAUCUUAUAGCCGAUCAGAUACCGCUGUUGGAUUUAUGCGUGCAAAUUCACAAACAAAAAGUACCUGAUAAUUUGCGACCGUUACAGAAACGUCUCGAAGAAUGUUUCGCCACGUUGAAGGAGGACGUCGAAGGAAAAUACGGUAAAAGGGACUGUGAUAUAAAAUUAGAAAACGAAGUACAAAUGAGACGUCACUAUAGCAUAACUAGUGACACCAGGUUAUCGGAUAUUACCAUAACCUCCGAUAACGUUGGCAGUCGCAGUCGUGUUUCCAGUUUGACUAGAAGCCAAGUGGCGUCGUUGAGAAAUUUUACUGCAAAUUUUAAUUUCGCUACCGCAUCUCCUAUGGUCAAUAGCAAAUCAUCUCAACAUUACAACAAAAGUUAUUCUCCUUCGAAGAGUCUUACAGGAACACCCAGUUUGGGUCAUAAAAAAUCUAAGGUACCAAAGGAAAAACGAAGAUCGAGUAAGACUGAUUUGAUUAGUCCCCCCGUUGAAAAGUGUACUACUCAAUGGUAUACAUCCGAUACAGAGUUAAACAACACUUGUACAAAUAAAUCGAAUACGGUGUUCGAAUUAACACAAGAGUUACACCCUAAAAGACCUCUCCGAUCAGAAGUUGAAAAAGAGAAACGGUUAAGUCGACCGUCCAGUGGUCAAUAUUCCAGACCGAACAGUGUUUCGAUUACCAUAAGAGGCGCAGGGAGCUCGGGGACUAGUAGUAAUAGAGAUUCUAUAGGAACAACGGAUUCUAGUAUAAGCGAAGAAGACGCGAUACCGCCCCCGUUACCAGCGAAACAUAACAGAGACAGUGAGAACAGUAACACAUUUUCAAAUUAUAACGAAAAUUACAGUUUUUUGUAUUCCCAUCGAGCGUCGAAUUUGAGAAAUACUUUGACCUUCGCGGAGGAAAACGUAGAGAUGGAAUUGAGUAAAACGCCGCCGACGCCGCCGCCUAAACCGCCAAAAAAACCGAAUUAUACAAACUUAACGCCUUAGUCACCCCUUGCAACCACUUUUCAAUGUUGUUUUUUUUUAGGAUUAGUUACCAUAAGUGCCAUUACAAGUCUAACAAAUCAUCACAAUACUCGAUGCCGAUUACGGUAUCGGUUUUUUUUAUAUUUCGAAACUUUUUUUUUUGUAAAUUAGUAUUUUUUAUUUAAAGUUUUAUAGAGACCAAAGAAUAUAUUUAUUAUAAAAAAAUGAUAAUAAAAACGUUCUUAUUAAA